CCUCAAGCCUCGACGAAGCUCCUUGCUACACACUCGCGGAGGGAAGCUUUUUAUCGUAUUGAAACUGCCUGUAUCUGCUUAUAGAAUUGCUUUAUUUCCAGCUCCCGCCGGGUACCACAUCAUCGCGACACCGCUCUCCCUCGAACCAUGACCUGGCGAUCUCGCCAUCAAACGCUGUCGCCGCCCGUUCGUUGAUGAACUGCCCCCCUGGUCCGACGCUUGACGGGAGCGCUACCCCGCCGCCAUCGACAACAUGCCCAUGAACGGUCGCGAGAUGACACGGGCCGAGUUGUUUGAGGAUGAGAAGAGGAGGAUCGUCGAAAGUUGCUUCAGCAGACGCGACGAAGACGGCUCCUUGCUCGAAACAUACAUCACACACAUCAAGAUCACAGAGUUCCAAACUUCGCCCACAGCACCACCAGCACCCAACGCGAGAACCCCUAAUGCCGAGAAGCCGCGCGUCAUCAUUGUCGGCGUGCGCAAGUCUGGCCGAGUACGCGUGCACAAAUCAAAGGAAAACCCAAACGGAACAUUCUCAAUAGGCAAAACGUGGUUUCUCGAUGACCUCUCGGCGAUCGAAUCCUUCACCAACUGUACAUACAACAACGACUACCAAGCAUGGGCGGGAGACGUGGGCUUCGUGGUGACGCUUGGAAAGCCGUACUACUGGCAGGCCCAGACGGACAAGGAAAAGAAAUUCUUUAUUGCAAGUCUGAUCAAGAUCUAUGCCAAAUACACGGGUGGUCGCAUGCCGACCUUGACGGGUUUUGAUCAGCGCGAACUUGAUCAAGUGUUGGGUGGCGCACAGGCACCCCGAAGACAGGAGCGACAAGACCGACCACCUCCCCGUCCGAGCAUCCCCGAUUCUGCCCCCAACAGCGCCAAUAACUCGAUCUCGUCUCUUGGCUAUAAUGGAAGGGAAAUGCUCAAUGCCCAGGCCACACCAGCACCUGCCCCGGCAUACCCAGAACGGAUGCCCUCGCGUGGCGCGCUUGCGCCGAAUGGAAGAGCUUCACCAGUGCAAAGCGUCGACUCGGGCCGGCCGAGUCAAGAGCUGCCUACCCUUCGACGGCUAGCAUCCAACAAUAAGAGCCAGGACUCGGUGGUGGCCUCGUCUGUUGCGCGGAGCGAAGGGGCCAGCAGCUUCAGGCCAGGAUCAAGAAAUGGGCCGGGCUCUAGCUAUGGGACCCCUGAGGCGUCACCCGCACCUCCGUCUCUGGAUGAGAGACCGCCGGAGAGGAGAAGACCUCCCAUGGAUCCGUUGCGGCCGACGCAGGUCGACAGAGAUUUGGUGCCGGCUCCAUUGAACAGCCCUGCGGCGCGUAUUCCACUUCCACCUCGGAGUCAAGACCGCAUGUCCCCCCGCAAGAAUUCGGUGAGCAGACGGGACCCGACACCACUUCGGAUGGACCAGAGACCUGUAACACCAAAAGAGAUCUCGAGAGCAGGCACGCCAGUGAGUGCGCCCAGUCCGGCACCUGUCCCAACACCGCAGACUGCCAGCCCAGCACCUGCUCCUGCUCCUGCUCCUGCUCCUGCUCCUGCUCCUGCCGUGCCGGCUGCUGUCCCCACGCCUCCACCUGUGCCAGCCGAGGAAUCGACGCCAGAAGCACCCAAGACCCCCGUGGAUGACGAAGAGAAGCCUGGCGUUUUUGGAAUCAAGUCCAAGAAAUCUAGAGGAGAAAUCGCCGGUGCGAUCUGGAAGGCUGCCGCGGCCGUCAGUGCGUUCAAGCCCAGACCGGGCGGUGCAGCAGAGCGACUGCGUCAAAACCAGAACAAGAGCAAUGACGGGCCAGACGGUAUCACGAGCGUUGUACCGGCGCCUCCCAAGCCCAUCCCGGUGAAGACUCCAGAGCCGAUUGUUCUCGAACCACCCCCCACGGCGACCGACAGGGGCUCCUCUGCCACUACUGCGUCUGGCAUACCCGAGCUGAAAGUCACGGGCUCAGACCCCAACAGCCGACCGGAUAGCAUUGUCGCCUUCAAGGAGAAGAAGGAGGAGGUACCAGAGGAACCGCAGCGGUCGGUCGUGGCGGGGAACGAUGUCAAGUACCUGGCUACUUUGGGGAUUGAUCCAUCGAUUCUGGACGGCAAGACGUCCGAGUUUGCCAAGUGGCUGGAUUACUUUGGGUGGGUGCCGGGCGAGCAGAUGAGGCAGAGGAACUUUGAGGAGAUGAGGGCGGAUCUGGACAGGGAGAUGGGCAAAGCGCAGGCGGGGGGGUGGCUGGCGAGGUUUCAGGAGGAGGAUGAGAGGGUUGAUGCGAUCAAGAGGGGGAUCGAUCUUGCGAUUGGGGAGUGUGAUGAGCUGGAUAAUUUGUUGACGCUUUACAGCGUUGAGUUGUCGACACUCUCGGAUGAUAUCGCCUACAUCGAGGCGCAAGGCCAAGGUCUGCAGGUGCAGGCUGCCAAUCAGAAGCUUUUGAGAAAGGAACUCGAGUCGCUGUUGGAGACCUGCGCCAUCAGCGAGGCCGACCUGGAGGCGCUCAAGUCGGCGCCGCUGGAGCAUGCCGCCGGGGUGGAGGAAAUUGAGACCUCGUUGGUCACGCUGUUCAAGGCCAUGAUCAAGAUUGAUCCUACGAUGGGCAACAGCGAGGGGAGGAGGAGCGAAGACGGGAGCAGUGCGGACCAGUCACUUGGCUUGGACGAGAAUUACGGCCAGAUGCGAAUCGUGCAGGAGAAGAAGGAGAUGUACCUUACCGAAAGCUCGCUUUUCAUGAGGAGGUUGGUGAUUUUCAUGGAGAAGCAGUUUAGCGAGGCGUUCAGGGAGACGAAGGCGGCGCUGGAUGGGGCGCUGAGCAAGAAAGUUGAUCCGAGGAAUCACGAGGUGGGACGGGACAUCCUCUGGAUGUACGGCCCGCUGAUUCUGUACGCGAGGGACGUGGAUCUGGACAACUGGAACCGAAUCCUGCAGAUUUACCAGGACAAGUGCCACCCGAUAUACAAGACUGAGUUCAAGGAGGCGAUGGACGCGUGGAAGAAGAAUGCGAGGAAGGUGACGGGGGAUGAGGCGGAGCUGCUGUUUACUUCGCAGCAGGAGAAGAAGGAGGAGGGGCUGGCGACGACGGCGAGGAAGUUGACGGUCAAGAGGAGCCAGACGCUGGCGAGGAGCUUGAGGAGCCCGUUGGGGGAUGGUGGGAGCAGGUCGUCUGCGGCGGAGAAGACGCCGGAUGGGAGGGCGUUGCCGUAUGAGGUUUUUGCCGGGGUGCUGGAUGAUUUGCUGCCGUUGGUGGAGAUGGAGCAGAACUUCAUCGUGGAUUUCUUCCACGCUACUACGCUGGAGCAGGCGGAUUUUCCGGAUUUGGUGGCGGCCUGUAGGCCGGUGAAUAGACGGGGGGGGGACCUCAAGAGGCAUCGGUUGAUGGAGCCGGAUCGGGAGCUGGCGAGGCGGGUGACGAAGGCGAUGGAGAGUAUUUUUGGGUUUAUGGAGAUUGGGUUGCAGCAGUUGAUGGAUUGGGUUUUGGGGAUGGAUCCCUUACAGGGAGUGGGUAUCUUGGCCACGCUCGAACGCAAGAUGGCCGAAAUGUCACAAUCCAACCAGGACUUUCUCAACAAUUUGCUCCAAAAACUCCACGGCAACCUCGAGGCCAAGUUCAAAAAGUUUGUCGACGAUCAGAUCCGCGCCAUUGAAGAGACAAAGGUCAAGAUCAAGAAGCGCAAGGGCGUCAUCCACUUCAUCCGCAUCUUCCCCCAGUUUUCCGCCGCAGUCGAGAACAUGCUUACGAAUGUUGAUCCCAACUUGGGGGUCAGGCGGAUGGUAGAUAGGGAGUACGACCGCAUCCUCAAGUCAAUGUUUGACUCGCUCAAGGUGAUUGCGAGAGAGAACCCGGCCAUGGGCGGCGGCGGGGCAGCCGCCACGGCUGCUGCGAUUGCCAACUCUGCGGAUCCGGAAGACAAGGAGGCGCUCAACUUCCACAUCCUGCUUAUUGAGAAUAUGAACCACUACCUGGAGGAGGUGGAGAACUCGAGGGGGUUGGAGGUGCUGGAUGACUGGAAGGAGCAGGCGAACCAGGAGCUGCAGGAGCACAUGGGGUUGUAUCUGAAUGCUGUCAUGAGACGGCCGCUGGGUAAGCUGCUGGAGUGUUUGGAGAACAUCGAGGCUCAGCUCGCGGGGGGCAAGUCGGCGGCCGGGAUUGCGGCUCAGCCGUCGAACUCGAAGAGCACGUUUAACAAGGUGCUGGGUGGGUAUGAUGCGAAGGAGGUGAGGAAGGGGAUUGAGGCUUUGAGGAAGAGGGUGGAGAAGCACUUUGGGGAUGAGGACUCUUCUUCAGCGGGAGGGGAGGGAAAGAAGGGGAGCAGCGACACGCUGAGUGUUAGUUCGGGCGUUUCGGGGCAUCACGGGGUCAAGUUUGGUGGUGGGGGUUCGAGUCAGAGUAAUAGUGGGUUGGUGAUGAAGGUGUUGAGGGAGUGCGAGAAGUUUUAUGGGGAGGUAGAGAUGAGGGUUGGGAGGGUGACGACGGAUGUGUAUGGGGGGGAUGUGCUGUUUGAGUGGCCCAGGGGGGAGGUCAAGGCUGCUUUUGCGGCGGGGGCAGGGGGGAGUGGCGGAGGGUUGGGGGGGAUUCAUUUGGGGAGGUCGUGAUAGAUAUUUUGGGGUUAACAGGAAUUGCAUGGUUGUUUUUUGUUUUUCGGUUUGUGAUUUUGCGUUUGACAAUGUUUUGGGCUUGGUGGUGAUGUUUGAUGUUGGAGUUGUUCAAAAUGGAAGUGUUACUAAGCAAGGUGAGAUCGCCCCCGAGAGAGAACAACUCCGGUCCGUUUGUUCCCGGCCGUGUAUCUCUCCAAAACAUCUGCCGAACAGCCCAAGAAGUUGGUGGCCAUGACUGCGGCGGCGCUAGUGGACCAUGUGCCUUAACGGUUUUUCGGCACAUGUUUUACUGCCCGCCCUUUUUCUUUUUUGUGUGUGUUCUCCCGCGGGAUCUCAGCUUUGGGUUGAUCACUCCGCCUUUGACGACACCGGCAUCUUUCUCCAACAAUUUUCGGAACUAAUCGCCUCCUCCUCCCCAUGAAACGCAAAAACAAGGUUGGUUGGUGUUUGUGAUGGCGGUACCUGGUGGUAGCGGAUCUUGCCUUGCCUUGCUUCUGAUCAGUUUUUUGCCCAUGCAUUCAUCGGUUCCCCAUCCUGAGGCUGGCGGGCUGGCAUAGGGAGGAGGUGAGGUGGGUGCAUGCAUUGCAGGUUGGUGCUGGCGAAUGGCGUACUUCCCGAUGGCUGCAUGUGUAUUAUCGAUAUAUCGAACCACGAGAUGAGAGGGCGGUUCGGCAUACCUUACCUACCAUGGGCCGUACACAGGACAUAUCUGUCCAUGGCGCACGCACCAUCCAUCAAGCAGAAGUUUGGGAAUCUUGAGAGUAACCCUCCCUUUUCGGGGGAGCAGCUACCAUGGAUCUUAUUCUCUCUCUCUCUCUCUCACACUGUGUGUGUGUGUGUGUGCAUACAGGACAUGAUACGACCCUCUUUUUCAGCUCGUCGUCAUAUCACAAAACAGUAAAGAAUAGCGAGUUUGGAGGGUUGUGGCGUUUUCUGGCAGCUGACAAGACAAAACCCGCCAUAGAGGACGCAACCAUCGUGAGUAUUCGAAUGAACAUUCCCAGCAGCAACCACCGGUCACUGAAACCAUCGACUAUCUCUCUCUCUCUUGUGUGGCUGAUAUCUCAAGAUUGACGAUUGGACCUUACAUCUGCCGAUUUAUAUUGGGGGGAAUGUCGGUUUGCCUCCCUUCCCCUCUCUCCAUGCGCUCGGCUCCACGGCCCCACCACCCACUCUCAUGACGUGGGGUUUUCUUUCACCUUGACCCUUGUGCCACCCCUCCUCCGCAUCGCCCUAUGGUGAUUCGGAGCCAACCCCCUCCCC